GAGAACUGCAUCAUGGAGUUGUUUAAUGUAUGUCCAGUCUGCACGUGGGCAUGUGAUGUGAGGACCCAAAGGCUGGGGACAUUCCUGUCUGUGAAGCAGUGGUGCCCCCAUUGCACAUUUAGAAGACACUGGAAUAGUCAGACUAUCCUUGGGAGCGUGCCAUCUGGAAAUCUGCACCUUUCUGCCGCCGUGUACCUGAGUGGUGCAUCUUUCAUACAAACCAAAAAGGUCUUCAAUGCAGCUACAGUUGUUUAGGUAUGAAACAUUUAGACGCCAUGCAGUUAUUCACCACUGGAAAGUCACACAGGAUGUGAAUCUGCAGUGGCUAAGUCAGGAGCAAAAAGUGAUAGCAACAAGGUUGUUGGUGGAAAAAGAGGGCCUGGCAAGGAGUCUAGCAUUACUGGAGUCGCGUGGCUUCAACCUUGAUUGCAUUGUCACUGAUCGUCAUCCACAAGUACAGUAGUUCCUCAGGAAUUUCAAAGAAUCUGGAAGCAAUCAGUAAGCAGAAAGACUGUGAGAAACUCAAGAAGUGGAUGAAAAGCAUCAACAACCACAUAUACUGGACUGCAGCUGGCUCAACCUCCGAGCCAGAGAGAAUUGCAAAGUGGACCGCGAUCCUGAACAAUGUUCGAGAUGUCCAUACACAUGAGGAUCCUCUUUACCCUAAGUGCGAGCAUGUGACCCGCAAGACAACUGACAAGAGUAAAUGGCUCCAAGCAGAUACUGUAGCUUUCAACAAUUUGGAGAAGUUGCUGACAAAAAAAAAAAAAAAAAACGCUGAAAGAUGUAGCAAAACUGAGCCCCCACCACCAAACUUCAUUGUUGGAGGCUUUCCAUGCCAUCAUCCUUCAUUUUGCCCCAAAGAAUGUUGUCUUUCCCUUUAUUGGAAUGCUGUGCAUUAUAAUGAAAAUGCUAGAGCGGAUAAAAGGGGAAACAGUGGGCAACACUGUCUUGUACCCCGUUCUAAGAAAAAAUAGAGUUGAAAUCUCACUAUUGGUCUGAAUGACUGUUGUUGGGUGGUUAUAAAGCAUCUUAACCACAUUAAUAAAUUUAAGACCAAAAUUCAUCUUUUGGAGGACUGAAAGAUGUCCUCCACUCAACUCGGUCAAAGGCCUUUUCAGCAUCUAAAGAGAUGGCAAUAACUGCAUAAUCCACCUGAGAAGCAGAAAACGUUAACUGUGAGAUUACUUUUUUUUCAAUCUUAAGUCAAAUACCUUGUAGUCUAAAUUGAGUAAUGAAAUAUAUAUAUGAGGCACACAGACAGGGGUCUUUACUAGGGAUGGGACGAAAUAACGCGAUACAAAACGUGACGCAUCGAGGUCGAAAAAAUGGAUCGCGAAAUAAAGAUAGAUGGCACUGCUGCAUGAUUUGCGUAGUAUAUAAAUAAUUUAGUGUAUUAUAUUUGUGUGUAUGUAUAUGGGGCAGACAUACAGUCUAUGGCGGCAGGGUAAAAAAACUAAAUGAAAAAAAAAAAAAUUAUAUCCGGGGAACGGUGCGGUAAGUCGUAACGUCAAGACAGUGCAUGUUGCAAUAACAACACUGCAGCGAGCUAACAAAUAUUAUUAGCAUUAGCACCAACUGCCUUGCCCCCAAACAGCCGACCAUGGAGUCAAAUGAGGUCGAAAUUGAGGACGCUCCACCUGGAUACAAGUCAUAUGUCUGGCAGUAUUUUGGCUUUCUCAUUAAAAAAGACAAAGACGGCAAUAGAGUAACUGACAAGACUAAGACUGUGUGUAAGCUAUGCCAUGCUGUCAUUCCGUACACCACAUCCAACACAUCCAACACAUCAAACAUGAACCACCACCUUCAACGUCACCAUAAAAAUGUGAAGACGGCCCCGGAGAAAACGAGCCUACCGAAGGGACAGCUGACCAUGAAACAAGUGCUGACACCAACUCUACCUCCGUCAAGUCCGCGUGCAAAACAGAUAACCAGGCUCAUUGGCGAAUUCAUAGCGGACUAUAUGGCUCCAUUUAACAUGGUAGAGAACAGAAAAUUCAUCCAAAUGUUCAAUGUGCUGGAGCCCAAGUUUAAGAUGCCAUGUCGAGGACAUUUUUCAGAGAAGGUAAUCCCGGAAAUUUACAAUGAAACCAAACAAAGCGUGAAAGAGUAUCUAAAAAAUGUCGACUGUGUCGCCCUGACCACCGACAGCUGGACCUCGCGUGCAACACAGAGUUAUAUAACCAUCACGGCAGAAGUCAUCAACGAGAAAUGGGAGAGAAAAAGCUUUGUGUUGCAAACUCGUGAGCUAAGUGAAAGUCAUACUGGUGUUAACAUAGCUCACGUGUUGAGAAAUGCACUGAGUGAGUGGGAGAUAACGAGGCCACAAACAACCAUUGCUUGUGUCACAGACAACGCGAGCAACAUGGACAUUGCUGUGAGAGAGAGCGGUCUCCACCCUCACAUCAAGUGCUUAGCGCAUGUUGUGAAUCUGGCCAGUAAGCGAGGCUUGGCUGUAUCCCGUGUCGCGCGCCUUCUUGGUCGUGUGCGAAGAAUAACUACAUUCUUUCACAAGAGCACCACGGCCUCCGCCGUCCUGACCAACAAGCAAACCCAGUUAGAGCUGCCUCGGCAUAAACUUAUCACCGAUGUCCAAACCAGGUGGAAUAGCACAUACGACAUGCUGGCGCACUACCUGGAGCAACAAGCAGCUGUCUCAGCUGCACUGAGCUGCCCAGGAAUCCGAAGGAAUGCGAGAGAAAUUGACACUCUGGAUAACAGUGAUAUAUCAGAUGUCGAGGACAUAGUGAAACUGCUUAAGCCACUGAAGACAGCCACAACAGUUGUCUGUGAUGAAAAAGAGCCCACUGUUUCACUGAUAAUCCCACUGAAGUUCAUGAUCGAGCAAAGCAUGUCACCAGACGAAAAUGACACACAGUCACAGACCAUCGCCAACAUGAAAAGCGCCAUUCUACUCGACAUCUCGGACCGGUACUCGGGGGACUGUAAUGACAUGCUGCAGGAGUGCACUGCGCUUGACCCACGAUUCCGAAGCCUGUCCCAUCUGAAUGAUGAACAACGCGAGUCCGUCUAUGCCCGAAUACGUGAAAAAGCUUCAGCACUUCAUGAGCAGCGCAACCAGGUAGGCUAACUUUUACUGAAAAAAAAAAUGAGGUGCCCUGUAUGUGUAGGCCAGAGCCCGAAAACUUAUUUCUCAUAUUGUUUUUUUUAUUAGUCGAUGAGAGAGAGAGAGAGAGAGAGAGUCUCUGUGUGCAUGUGUCUGUGAGAGAGGGAGGGAGUGAAGGAUUGAAAGACAGAAAUGUUUGAGCUAGUUUUAUUUUAUUUUUUUCAGACCAGUGACAUAGAUGAAAGAACCACUAGGGCCAGUGCUUCAAUAUCAGGUGCAGCAGCAGAGCAGGCCAGGGUCAUGGUUGAGGCAGCACAGGGAGCAGAGCAGAGCCAGGAAGAGCCAGUGGAGGGAGAAAGGCAGAUGCAGGACGUGACACAGCCUCCCCCACCAAAAAAGACAGCGUUAGAAGAUCUCCUUGGGAGCUCCUACACUACUGUUGUUGAGACAGUGCAGUCCAGCAGAGGGAUUGAAAUGGAGAUACUCUCCUACAGAAAUGGGAUUCCUAUCCCACUCAACAGUAGUCCACUUGAGUGGUGGAAAGUUAAUGCAUAUGCUUACCCCAUACUUGCCCCCCUGGCCAAAGCCUACCUUUGCAUUCCUGCUACGUCAGUGCCCAGUGAGCGUGUCUUUUCCACAGCAGGAGACAUUGUGUCUGCUCAAAGAUCACUGAUUACACCAGAACAUGUUGAUAUGUUAGUUUUUUUGAAGAAGAACCAGUCCUGAGAUAACUUAACCUAGGAUUAGAGCAGCACUAAGGGAGUGUUCUUGUUUGUGUUUGGCCAGUUAGGCCUUGUGUUUCCCUGUGUGCAGCUGAAACAAAAAUAAAUAAGUUGUUGUUAUA